UCAGUGACCGACUUAAUCAACUGAACUCCAGGGCUAAUAAAAGCCACAGAGCCCUCACAUAAGAAACAGUUCCGAGGACAUCAGAGACACUUUGCGAGUGUUGCAAUAGUGAUGGAGUACAGCUACCUGACGUCUACUGCGUACGACUCUGGGAUGGACACUGGCCGAACUUCUAGCCGCUCCACAGAGUUCAGCUCCUGCAGUCAGCCCUUCAGUUUUCAGUAUAACAGGUGCAAUUUAGGAAACACAAGCAGUUGCCAUUUCAUUGCGCCUGGCUCUCAUCAACCCUCACACUACAUAACAGUUCAUCAUAAUCUUUUGGCUUAUGAACGGGGCGUCCAGGAGAGACGUAAACAAAGGCGCGUCCGCACCAUCUUCAGCAGCGCGCAGCUGAAAGCGCUAGAGCGCGUGUUCUCACAGACUCAAUAUCCAGACAUCUACACCCGAGAGGAGCUCGCACAGGAGAUCCAUCUUACUGAAGCUCGAGUUCAGGUCUGGUUCCAGAACAGACGUGCUAAAUUUCGCAAACAGGAGCGCGCGGCUACAUGGAUUGAGUCAUCCUCCAAACUGAACAGUUCACCUUCCCAUGACAGCUCCAAAACGAUGACAGUCCCUGACCCAGACAGCACACAACCAAGUCUUAUACUAAACCCAGACCACAAACAGGACACCAGCAGUCUCAGAGAGGACCAGGCUUCCGACGAACUUCCCUUGUUAGGGGUCUCUUCUCUUGAAGCACAGAGGUCAAGAGGUCACCAAACUCACUGUGUAACUACUGGCUGCAUGUGCUGAGCAGUGAAAAACAUGAUGUGCCAGUUUAAACAUCAGAACCCACUGUUUAGAUCGCAAUAGUGCCAUUUAUGUACUUCAUUUAUGUUAUUUAUCUGUUAGGUUCUCAUGCAAAUAGAAUUGCAUUGGUCUAUUCACUGACAAAAUUUUUUUUACAA